AUGAACUUCUUCUUAGACUAUGCAAUUUGUAACCGUGGGACGAGCGCCUACGCGCCCAAGGACUACCAGCAUCUCGACCAAGGGACAACUUCCUUCCCAUCUUGCUCAGGUACCUCUCCUUCUUGUGACAGCUAUCAUCAAGAGGGACGCUUCGGGACGACGGGGGUGGGCGCUGCUGGGCUCAACGCCCACCACCACCAGCAGCAGCACCACCAGCAGCAGCAGAACUCCAGCUACCCUCCUCCUCUUCCUCCCAACCCUACUGGCCUUGGCAUCUCCUUCGCGGGGUCAUCCCAGCCAUCGGGUACAGGAUAUUCGGCAGCCCCCAACUGCAGCCCAAGCUUCGCCAACCAGCAGUUCUUCCUCGGCCCCCAGGAGACGGAUGGAGGCUACUUCCAGCCCUCGGCCUACCCUGCCAGCAUGGCUCCUUCUUCCUCGUCUUCCUCUGCUUCCAGCCUCGGAAGCUUACCUGACGGUUUCUGUGCCACCCCGGGCCAGUUCCAGCCCCACCUCUAUGGACCUGAGCAGGGUGGCUAUUUGCAAGGGGCUUUUGGCAACCUUUCCCCGCCCUUACAGGAGAACAAAGACCCGCGGGCUUGCUCGGGCCAGCCAUGCCCCAUGGCUGCCACCACCGGCACGGCCACCACCCAGACCUUUGAAUGGAUGAAAGUGAAAAGGAACCCUCCUAAAACAGGUAAAGCCCCCUCGGUUCCCUUUUACAAGACGAGGGGAGGCUAGCAGAGGCUGGUUUCCAUAUUCCCCCCCUCCACUGGAAGGUGGUUGUUGUGCCUUACUCCAGAGCAUCCCAAGAGCACGUGACUUGUGGAGUCACAUGGAGGCAGGAUCUGGUCCAGAAAAACAAUACGCUUAGGCCCUGCCAUCACCAACUUUCCCAUCUCUGGCCAGAACGCAAAAACCAUGAUGGGUUAAGUGAGUAUAUAGAACAGAGGGCGUGGGUGGAAAGGAAACGGAUGGUACAAUCUGCCUCUGUUUCCAAAGUUGCCCGAGGGGAGAGAGAAGGCCAGCGUUAGCUUUAGGCCCUGAGAGGCGGACGGAGGUUCAAGCUGCAGAAUGGGAUCUAGUGGAGAAAAGGACGGGAUCUUUCCUUCCCAGGGAUCACCUCCCCAUCUGGUUAUGGGGCAGGCAGGCUUGUCUCAUUCAUUAUGUGAUAUGUGUAUGCCGCUUUUCAGACGGACAUUGCCUCUCAGGGCUCUCUCACAGCACUCAGAAAACGUGACACCAGUUCAUUUGGUUGGCGUUUCACCCAGCAUGUAGAGGCACACAUGCGCACGCGCGCAACCAGCUCUUCUAACAUUCCGCGGCACUUUCACUCUUUGGUCCAUGCCCACGAGAAGAGAAUCAGUGUUUCCCCCUCCCCCACGCGCGUGUUAUAAAGGCAUGUCUGAGCCGAGUCGAGAAUGGUGGUCCUGUGGCUGCUUCUUCACACCUGCAAUUGGCCGCUGCAGCAACAAGGUUACCGCUAAAUGCUGCUCCACCAAGCCUCUGCCAGUGAAAAUCAGGACUGCCUCACACCAUUCACCCACAAGGGUAGAGGAGUCUAGUGGUGGGCAUGGCAUCCUGAAGACAACUUUCCUACUGCUGUAGUCAGUCCGGGCACGCGCAAAGCCCGCGAGACCCAUCCCCUCUAAAUGUGGGAACUGGGAAGUGUCCAUUGGGUGCGUGUCAGGCAUAGUACCAGCUAGAGCAGUCCUGGCUUUUCCUAUGGCGGCUCAGCCCAGCGCUGGGUUUUUCUGAUGGGCAGCAUCCUCUGAGGUUGGGGUGGCCGAGUCUUUAAUUCCUUGGAGGGUAGGGAGGCGCCUUCUCUUGGAGGAGUACUCCUUGACGUCUGUGAGCGGCAACCAUUCCAAACGAAUGGCGCUCACGCAGGAGAAUGUCGCCUGAAUAGCCCCCAAAGUUCCUCGCUGUUUGUUAUCUGUCAAGUUACAGGUAGGAAGCCGUGUUGGUCUGCCGCAGUCGAAGCAAAAUAAAAAAAUUCCUUCCAGUAGCACCUUAGAGACCAACUAAGCUUGUUAUUGGUAUGAGCUUUUGUGGGCAUGCACGCGAAAAGUAUAUGAAGAAGUAUCUGAAGAAGUGUGCAUGCACACGAAAGCUCAUACCAAUAACAAACUUAGUUGGUCUCUAAGGUGCUACUGGAAGGAAUUUUUUAAUUUUAAAUUUUUCAGUUUAUUCAGCUGGUUUAAAAAGAAAAGAACACCUCUUAGCCAUGUAAGAACGACCCCAGUAGAUCUGACUGGGGGAAAUCAGAGGAAUUUGCAAGCAGAAGUAGGGACAAAAAUGAAAUUAAGGAAAAGACCAGUACGUUUGGGGGACUGGGAAGCAGGACCGGCAUAGAGGCAAAGAAUGGAUAGAGGGUCGGAUAAAGAUACCCGGUACAGGGCUUCAGAGUCAACCCGAGCAUCUGUUUCUGACGCUUGGCUUGGAGCAGUGCAGUUAGAAGCGUAGAGAGUGCCCCUGAGCAGGUGCAGAGUAUACCCUCCUCGUCACUAACCACAGUCUUCUCACACCCGGGAUGUAGAAGAUGGUGUCACAAUUUCCCGGCGUGUCUUUUCCUAGCAAUUAAGCAUUGGCUGGAAUGUUUAUUGGGAGAGUUUUCUUAUCAGGCUGGGUCAGAGUUAACAGCUGAGUUCACCAGAGUUUAGCCCCGGAUCCUGUUUAACUUUACGGACCACGUGAAGCAGUAGUUCGGUUGAUACGUUUAUCCGAAAUAAAUCCAGUGGGAGAAUUACCUGUUUGCCAAGGCAACGCACACACUUGUAACCUAAAACUUGCAAGUGGGUCCCUGCAACAAAAUGUUGCACCAUUAAGUGUUUCUUGUUCAGAGUUCCCGUCAUUCUAUUCCGCUCUCUUUCCUUCGUUGUCCUUCCUUAUCUCCCAAAGCCAGUAUCCCCGUACCCACUGAACAUACCCAGUCCUCAUUUGGCUGAAUUUGAGGUUUUUCUCUCCUUUUAGGGUUUUUUCUUGGGGGGGGUGUAAUUUUAAAAAAUUAAAUUAUUUUCUCCACUAAUGCCUACGGGCAGAGUUCCCCACCUUCCUGGAGACAUUGAAAAAUAGCUUCUCUGUGUGAACCAGGAAGUGACCUAUCUAGACAAUGAGAUGGUUCUUUCUGCCCUUUAUCUCUCUCUGCGUUUCUCUGUCCUCCUGUCCUGUUCCAGCCUCUCCACUCCAGUUGUCAGGUUUUUUUCUACUCAACAUUCGGUGCCUUUGAACCAUUAUGAGAAUGGUGUGUGUGUGUAGGUUUUGCGCAAAAGGUUAGUGUGCGCUUUUGGUACUUGUGCAAGUAGCCUGCAUUUCUUUCUGUCUUCUUUCUCGAGCGUUGGAAUUGCAAUUUUGGCAGGAGAACGGAUGGCAUGGUAUUAGUAUCAAGAUAAAACUAUUAAAACUAAGAUGCCUUAAAACUACAAAUAAUAAUAAGCAAUAGUAUUGUUAGCCGCCAUAGGCUCCUGCAGGAGAAGGGCAGUAUAGGAGAACGAAUAUUCCAUUAAUAAUAUACAAACAGCGGCGAACUGAUUUGAUGUGUUACUCUUGUAAGCCGCCUUGGGAGCGGUUGUGGAUGAAAGGCGGUGUACAAAAAAGAAGUAAAUAAACAGAAACGGUUAAAGGUGGGGGGGGGACUGGUAAAGUUGUUUUAAAGGGCAAUGGCGAAUAAUGCAAAAGUGUCAUCGUGGGCCCCAAUUGUCACAACACAAUCUUCUACGAUUCUAGAUUGGGGCGAAAGAGUAGGAGCCCUCACACCAGUGGCCAUACUCCUAGAAUGUUCCUGAAGAAAAGCCUGCCUUUGAGCAUCUGCAGAGUGCACCUAUCCCUGACUGCUUGAUAGCCACAGGCCUGUUCCCACAGACCCUGCAGGUGGUGUGGAAACGGGAGAAUAAUCCAAAGCUCCCCCGUGGGUGGGCGUGUAUGUGCUUCUGAUUUUAGACCCGAGGGGGCUGCAAUUCUAACGCAUGGCUUCCUUGCUUCCUCCCCCCCCCCUUGCUUUGGCCUUGUGGCUCUGAACAGCGACCGUGUCCGACUACGGCUUGGCCGUCCACGCCAGCACCAUCCGGACCAACUUCACCACCAAGCAGCUUACGGAGCUGGAGAAGGAAUUCCACUUCAGCAAGUACCUGACCCGAGCCAGGCGGGUGGAGAUCGCGGCCACGCUGGAGCUCAACGAGACCCAGGUGAAGAUCUGGUUCCAAAACAGAAGGAUGAAGCAGAAGAAGAGGGAGAAGGAGGGUCUGGCCGGAGCCCCCACCGCCCUCAGCGGCUCGGCCAAGGAAGCCAGCGAGCCGGCCUCGGACAGAUCCAGCCGGUCCUCCACGCCCGACGCUUCGCCCAGUUCCGUGUCCUCUUAA